AUGUUAACUGCAGAAUACGCCAAAUUACACUGUCCGAAUUCCCAAUUGCCUGAAGUGGACGAUAAUGGUGCCGUAAAACAGUGUUUGCCAGGGCACGAAGGAUUAUGUGGAUCAGGAUAUUCCUGUUAUUUUUCUGGAACAAAUUAUCAAUGUUGUCCGACUGAGGAAGAAAUUAACUUCGAUUCCAUCCUUGAAUGCCCCUCACCCGGUAUUACAAUACUUACGGAUGGUGGCUUGCCCCUCAUUUGCACCCCCGAUCUCCACGACUGCCCACAGAGCUCUAUGCAAUGUCUUAACGUCGGGAAGCAUUCAAUAUGUUGUGAAGGAUUAUCAUCCAUCACCGACGAAUCUCAUGAUGUUCUUUCAUCGAAGGAACUAAAUCCUCCGGAUGAGAUAAUUCAGCCAAUUGCAUUGAGUAACGAACUUUUCAAUGUACAAAAUUUAGAAUGUCCGGAACCUGCCUUCACUAUACUUGAUGCCAAUGGAGAUCCGGUAUCAUGUAGUGAAGAAGAUUGCGCUUACCAAACAGGACGUUUUUGCUACAAACCGCUGAAUACACCGAUAUGUUGCGAGGGUGAAGAAAGGACUAUUGAUGAUGAUGCUUCGAUCAAGAAAAUCUUGCAAGAAAGUAAGCAUGAGAAAGAAGGAAGCAUAGAAUGGAGUGUCCUAAGAUAUACACCAUUAAAAACCGCUCAACGUCAGCUGCAACAAAAUGAACUAUUACAAGAAAAUGACAAUGUUUUAGGUCUUGGUGAAUCACUGGUUAAAUCACCAGUUCCUAAUGGAAGCGCUCCUGAGAUAAUAUCGCCAAUUACGGAUGGAUUAGCCAGGCAUUCUGGAGAAAAGCAAAUCGGUAAUGAGUACAAGAAUUCUCAGCAAUCAAUUGUACCUGAUAAUGCGCAGACAUUACAAACGAUUACUACUACUACUACCUCGACUAAAACCACAGGUAUAACUACCAGUACUACCACAACAAUAGCAACAACAGCGUCACAGGUAAUUACUUCGACAACGCCAGAAUCUCAGAUGUCUGGAAAACCAAAUGAAGAUGAAAUUGAAACAAUUCGAUACAAGCCACACAAUGCCGGAGGAUAUGCUAUUUCAAGAGCAUUUUCAUCAAAAGUUCAUCGUGCACCAAAUGAUUUACGAGCUUUGGCACGAGAGUAUCUUCUGGAACAUAUUCGACGUGGAUGGCCUUACAGUGAUGAAUUUUACAGAACUUACACACAAUUUGAAUCUCAGCCUGGUCAAGAAGAUGAAAUUAUUUCCCAUGAACAAACUUGA